CCUCAAGUGGGAACAGGAAAAUUGUAACAAUUGCUUUGUAAUAAAUGAAUUUAAUUCUUGUACUUAGUACAGUACUCGCGUGUGCGGGAUUUGAGGAGAAAGAAAAUUUCGUUGUCAUUGGAAAUCGAAGGGCUUUGUUUUGUAAAUCCGGGGAUAAUGAGUACUGGUUGUUUAACGAGAGAAAAAAUUGGCCAGAGGCUGUCCUCCAGUGUGAAGAGGAGGGAAUGGAAAUCGCGGAAGUUCGAACGAUCGAAGAGGCGAAAAAAUUGGCGCAAAUGAUGAUGAGAAAUCGUCCCGAUGCAAUUGAGAGCGCGUGGAUCGGCGGUUACGCGAAGAAUAAAUCCCAGGGUAUGACCUGGCGUUGGAUAUCCACCAACGAGGAAAUCUCGGAGACCCUCUGGAGAGGUCCCCAGAGAGUGAUAAAAAAUUCAUCAUCGAGGGGUUGUCUCCUGUUCGAUUGGCACCACCGAGAGGUCCCGAGAUUCCUGGAGUUCCCCUGCGACAGGAGACGCGAGUACAUCUGCCAGAGGUCGACGAAUGCUCCAGGUCCUUCACAAUCAGAACGACCGAUUAUUCACCAGGAGAAGACCUGGCGAUCUCCUGGGGAGAUUAUCACCUCGAGGACGACGUAUACAGUAUCGUCAACAAUAAAAUCGUCAAUACUUGAGAAUGAAAGUCCCAAAUCCACAGCGAAAAUUCCAGUGACUCCGAAGAUGAGAAAUAGAAUUCAAACGACUCCAGUGAAUGACCUGGAGGACGAGGAUUAUUAUGAUUCCGAUGAGUGGACUGCGCUGGAAACGACAACGGGAAUUAUCCAGAGGUCUUCAGAGAAGGAGAGACUCCCGGUUGAAAGUAAAUCGAUUUAUGCGAGUUCUGAAGAGAGAAAUAUGGUGCCUUCUCUGAAACUUUAUUACGCGUUUGAAGGCCCAAUAAUCGGGGUCUUGAAUGGCCCUAACUCCAGCAGAAAGUACCAGAAGUACAUUGCAAUCAAGAAGAACCCAACGAAUUAAA